AUGGCGAUGACAAUUUCUUCCCCCUCGUCGUUCUCCUCGGCGGCCGCUCCUCACUCCCCCACGGCGUCUGGUGAAGCCUCGCCUCGUGGUGUCUCUUGCUCUUUCUUUUCUCAAACGCCCUACACCUGCGCCAGCUUGUCCUCCCAACUUGCUUCGUGCCGCAGUGCCGUCUCUCCUUCCCUCGCGGUUCCCGAUUCUUCGCCCCUCUCUCCCGCGUCCUACCAAAAUCUCCAGCUGUCUUCUUCGCAGCCUGCGAGGCCUUCUUCCUCGCUUUCUGCCUCGCGUCCGCCCCUCGCUGCGUCGGUUCAGGUGCCGUCUUCUGCCUCUUUUGCCUCGUUUCCCGGGAAGCCCUCACUCCCAUUUCCCGCAGUUGCAGAGGUGAGAAAACGUUCCACAGGGGAGGAGCUGACGCGGCGCCUCUUGGCGGACUGGGCCGUCUCGGCAAAGGCUUCAAAGAAGGGCGUGGUGCACGAAGGCACGAGACCAAAGCAAGGCUCCAGGUCGGGCAUCAGAAACCGCUCCGGCGAGCGCCAUUCUUCCGCGUCUUCUUUCCCUUCAUCUUGUGCUUCCUCGUCGCCUGGACCUGCCUUUCCUUGCUCGUCUCCGGCCCCGCAUCACGCAGCAUCGAAUGUUUUCCGUCCAUCGCGUUCCGUCGCCUCGCCUCCCGCGGCCGUUUCUGACUCUCCGUUUUCCUCCUCUUCCGACUCCCCUUUUUCGUCUUGCUGGUGGACUUUGGAAAGCCCCCGUCGCCAGCAAGAUCUUUCGCGCGUCAGUGUCGUCCAAGCCGUCUUAUCGAACCAGACGAGAGGGAAGUUUUCGAAGCGGAGCGAAGCACAAAUUCGCAAUCUUGGAGAUCACGCGACACCACCCCGAGAGGCGAAGAGAGAAGAUGAGGAAGCCAAAGAGUCUUUCCGACUCCGAGAGUCCUCUUGGCGAAGCAAAGAGGGCCCUUCUGUGUUCGAGAAGAAGCGAGACAGUGGCCAGAGUGGAACCGCCGAAUUGGGGACGAACCAGUCGUGGAAUUCCUUCUCUGCUUCGCCUUCUCUGGCCUCUCAGGAACCUCUCUCUUCCGCUUCUCGUGCUCCGUCCUGCGCUGCCUCGAAUUCUUCCUCGUCGCUGCCGGGCCCUCUCGGGGGGGUUGGAGACUCCCGCGCCGUUCCGGAGAAUGCCAAGGAGAGACGAACACGCGCCUCGGAAAGGCGCGAAGGAAAGCAGAGCGGCAUGCAGUGUUCAGCGGUCGAUACACCGGAGGACGAGAAGGAAGCAGACCUGACAGAGAGUCAGGGGGAACUCGUGUUGUGGGAAGAAGAAGGCCACGAGGCAAAGGACGAAGGGCGACUCUGCGGAGACGAGCAUGCCUGCACGCAGCAAAUGCAAUUGAGCGAUUGCGAUAAGACGGACUCCAGGUCCGAAGACGCAACGAAGCACACGCGAAGAAGAGACGAACCUGUCCCUGGACAGCAAGAUUUUUUCGGCGCAAGAGUCCCGCCCGAGGAAGAAGGGGGACAGCCUGGCCUUGCGAACGCGGCGGCAGAGAUCGAAGAACGCGAGGGCACCGUGAGUCGCGUGUUGCAGAUUCUCCGGUGUCAGACGCUCAUCCGCGACGCUCAAGCCGCCCUGCGCGCAGUGGGCGUUUCUCCGGAGUUGUUGGUGGAUCCCGAAGGCGCAGAGAGAUUCGAGGAAGCGAGUCCGGUGACACCAGAGGCGUCGAGCGCCGCAGGAGAACGAGCCGAGGGGGGUUCUGGCACCGUGAACGCAACCAGCGAUGCAUGCAUUGCAGAGGCACGACGCGAGAAAGAAGAGGAAGCGAAGCGUUCUGUGCAGGAUUGCUUUCCUCCUGGUGAAGAGGAGGUGCUGAUGUGCGAGCGAGAAGAGGAGGACGCAGGAAAAGGCAGAAAGAGAAGCGCGUGGAUGCGCGGCGAGAAGAGCGAAGGAGACCUCCACGACGAUCCCGCAGUUCAGGCUCUCCGUGCACUUCUCCCUUCUCUCGUUGAGAGGUGUCCGGACUGGAUCGACGAGAAACUGAACGUCGGCAGGCGAGGCGAGUGGAUUGCCUUCACAAAAAUCCUUCCCGAAAUUUUGGAAAGGCGCUACGAUAUCUCCGUCUCUGAGCUUCGAAAGGACGGACCUUACUGUUGGAUGGGCCGAGGCCGCCGUCCACCCGAUUCCACUCUCCUGUCUCAGGGUUCUCUUCCUUGCCUGUCUCUCGCGUCUUGCUCCUUUUCGUCUCCUUCUCUGUGUACCUUUUCUUCUUGUCGCCCUACGGGCGCUUCCUCUGCGUCUUCUUCGCUGUCCUUGGAGCCUGGCCGCUUGGGACUUGCCCCAGAGGGAAAGGCUGACGAAGGCUUUGACUCUCCCCUGAGUUUCUUUUCUCCCGCCUCGACCCCUGGAAACCGCAGCGAGGCUGCAGGUGAAAUCGAGGCUGAACAAGAGCGUGCAGACGGGGACACCGUGGUGGAUUUCGAAGCAAGAUGGAUCAAUGGAUGCACCGAAACGGGCCUUCCCUACGAUAUCCGAAUUGACAUGUCCAGCGACACUCACAGAGAGUCCAUUUUCCUCGAAGUUAAAGCAACUGUUCUGGGCUGUCCGUCGUUCUUUCUUUCGGCGCCGGAGGUUCGCUUUGCGCGCUCGCAGCGCAAAUCAUUUGUGGUGUUGUCGCUGUGGAAUGUUCGUUCGCCGCGUGGACCGUCCUGGGCGUUGAUCGACGACGUGGGCACUUGCGAAGGCCUUCCCGAGUCUCUGCUUGACGCGCAGUCGGCCGCGAGAAGCGAGGCGAGAGAAGAACGAGGAGAGAGUGAAAAAUCAGAGAGGGGCGAGGCGAAGGAUGAAAAGGCAAACUGCGACAGCAGACAGCUGCGUUGCGAAGACGGAGACAACGUGUGA